AUGAAUAGGUUUUCCUUUUAUUUAUUUCGUUUAUUACAGGUUCGAUCAAGGAGUUUAACUCACAUCGAUCAAAUAGAACAGGGACAAAGAGGAAGUGGAAUUUUUUAUCAAGGAAUGAAUUCAGAAAAAAGUGGGGAGCAACAGCAACAGCAGCAACUUUCCGUUCCGACAAGUGUCAGCGGCAAACACAGAAGGCAGAUGCUUUCUCGUUCGGAGGCAAGCAGUUCGGAAUGUUUUUCCGUCGGAAUCGAAGGAAUCGGAGAAGAUGGAAAUGAUGAAUUUGUACAAGCGACCAAAGAUACGAUAUUAAGAGACGUUAUAUUGGAUAUAUGUAAAAGAAAAGGAAUCGAUUUAAACACAUCGAACGUUUAUUUAGAUGCAAAUAAAUCACCACUGCCUUGUUUAGACAUAGAUACGUCAUGGAUGGGUGGAAAACACAUACGUAUAAAAGUCAACGAUAGAGUUAUGACGUCAUUAAAAAAGGACCAAAAAAACACUUUCGCUCCUCCUAUAAAAAAAAUUUCAUCCAGUUACAAAAGCGUGAAAUCAGGUACGAAAACUCAUAACGUGAGCAGCGAAGAUUCAUCGUCAAUGAUGGAACCCGGGACAAGCGGAGGAGAUAGAAAAUCUAAAAGAUGGAGCGGAUUUUUCGGGACCAGUAGAGACACGAGUAAAAUGGAAACGCUCAUCGAUCUAUUGGAUUCGUAUACGAAAAAUGGAAUUUACGAAUAUAAGGAAGAUACUUAUAAAUUAGAAGCAGACUGGAAAUCGAUAGUGAUAAAUUCAGUAAAUUUUGACGACAGACAAUCUCAACAACAAGAAGCAAUUUGGGAGCUUUUAAGAAGCGAAAUAGAUUAUAUAAAAAUGCUUAGAGUAGUUAGCCACUUAUUCAUCGCGUGUCUUGUUAAUCUACAAUCAAAUCAAUUAUUAUUAGAUAUAGACAAUAAGAAAUUAUUUGGUAACGUUGAAGAAAUAUACAGUUGCAACGAUUUGUUUUGGAAAAAAUAUUUGGCGCCCGUCGUGGAAACGUCUAGAAAAACCGGGGAACCCUUAAAUCCCGAUUUAUUGAGAGAGGGUUUCAUGGAUUUUCAUAACAUGUUCAAAUGUUACGAAACUUACUGCACUCAACAAUCAAAAUGUCAGCAAUACUGCAGGGAAAAAUUACAACAGGAACAAGAUAAUGAUUUGUUCACUGCUUAUUUGGCGUGGUGCGAAACGCAAAAAGAAUGCAACAGGUUAAAACUUCUCGACAUAUUAGUUAAACCAAUGCAAAGAUUAACGAAAUAUUCACUUUUGUUAAAGGCCAUAUUGAAACACACGAUUAAUCAAAAUCACAAAGAUUCUAUUUGCGACAUGAUAAAAUCCGUUGAUUUUUUCGUAAACAACGUCAAUUCCACGCUUAAACAAAAUCAAGAUUUGGAAACGAUGAAACAAUUGAUGAGUAAAAUCGAAUCAUAUGACGUCAUCGAAUCAAAAGAUGACGAUUUAUCAAAUCUAAUACAAAAAUAUUCAAAUUUAAAUUUAACGUACGACAUACCGGGAACGACGAGCAAAAGGAGUUUAUUGUUCGAAUCCGAUGUUAAAUAUAAAGACGCGAUGACUUCGUCAAAGAUUGAAGUCCACGCUUUUCUUUUCACCGAUUUUCUUUUGAUAACAAAACCGGUGAAAAGAUUGGGAGAAUCGAGAAUAAAAUUUAAAAUAAUUCGACAGCCUUACGUCAUAGAUCAUUUGGUGACGCAGGAAAUCACGAGAGAUCCCCCAUCGUUGGCAUGCGUCUAUUUAAGCAUAUACAGAACCGCGUGUACGGCAUUCAUGCUAAGUUGCGGUGAAUCGGAACUAGUCAGAAAUUGGUCGGAUGCAAUUAAAAAAGCUAAAAGUUUAUAUGGAUCGUUAAAAUCACAUCAAGGGUUCGGCGGUCAUAUUCCUCAAACACCCACGACUAUGUCGAUAUCUCGUCAACACUCCGGUUAUGCGAACGAAGACAUUUCGAUUGGUGAUAACGUCGAAGAAAAUAAAACAAUGAUGACGUAUAAUUUGGGACUCUGGACGGGGAAAAGUCCGAAAGGAUCAAGUUACGGAAGUAGAAUAUCAAGUCUGGUACAUUCACACAGCGGAUCAAUGGAAAUGACCGAAAACAUAUCCUCGAUAAGUUCAGUAUCGGCAUCACGAGGGGUGAGCGUGGAAAACAAUUCGGAAGUUCGCGGAUCCAGUUUGAGUUCAGACGACGGAAAUCAAAAUUUAUCGUCAUCGCCUAGAGUAGAAUUGACAACGUCGCCAAAAAUCGAACGUAAAGACGCAUCGUCAUCGCCGUCGGUCGAAAAGAGAGAAAAUCAAACGACGAUGCAAAAACCGGAAACGAAAUUAUUUUACAGGAAAUCCGUGACGAAAACUAAAAACACUUUAACGAUUCAAGUUCCGCAUUUGGGUCAAAGUUUACCUAAUUUAAACAUAGCUUCCUCAUCCGGUGGUGGCGGUUCGAGUCCGAAUCCUUGCCCUCCGAAUUCAUUAUUGUUGGCACCGCCGAAAUCUCACGGCGGCCUUUUAUCACCGAGUCAAAGAGGAGUCAGCUAUCCGCCUCCGAGUCCUCCGAGAGGUUCUCUCAAAAGAGGUUUUGCCAUAUUUCCAAAAAAUCCACCGCUCGUCAAAACGGGAAACGUGACGAUGGAACUUUCGAGAUCGAUAAGCGUCGUACAAUCAUCAUCAUCAUCAUCAUCGCCGCCACCGCCGCCGCCGCCAUCAUCAUCAUCAUCAUCGAUAAAACCCGAGAAUCAAACGGAAGAGAAAAAAAAUAAAACGAUCGGACUACAAACGAAUUUAGAUGAUGACAAAUCAAAAAUCGAUACAUCGAAAUGUGAUCAGUGCAAUUGUAGCGUACGUCGUACAAUCGUUAAAACAACCGGAAAAAAAUUGGUAAGAAGUGAUAAGAGGUAUUAUACGGAGGGUGGAGGAGGAACGAUAGACGAUUUAAAAGUUAAACAACUAGACUCUAGCCUAUAUAAAAAGCUUUCGUUUAACUCAGGAAACGGAAGAAGAAGCGCAACAACAACCGGAAACAACAGCGAUUCAAUCGAAUCUCCUCCAAUCAACAACAAACAUUUGAGCAUAGCAAGCGUACAAAGUUCGAGCGGUUUCAGUUCAGCCGGAAGUAGUAGCGUCGAAGGUUUGUUUACAAAAGAUGACGUCAUAAAUUUUGAUUCCAAAUCAAUUAAAGUCAAAGAAGAAGAAAUAAUAGAGAGGAUAAACGCAGAUAGCAAUCAACGUCCUCGUCAACGCAUGGAAAAUUCUAGAGAAUCAUUUAAAAAAUGUCGUGACGAAAAUGACAAAAUGUCGGCAAAAAGAGAAAAUGAAGAACAACGAUUGGAGCCUUUUACACAUUUCGAAACGAGCACAAGGAGGAGGAGGAGCAUUAGCACGACCGGAUGUAAAAGAAAAAGCAGUUUAAUAAUAUUAGAUGAAUACGUGAGUUCCGUUUCCGGUGACCCAUCGUCAAACAAUUACAAAUUAACACUCAAACAUUUUCACACCGUUAAUUACACAACGGUUAACGCUUUACAAUUAGAGAAUCUAUCGUCACGUUUGCCUCCUCCCGCCGGAAAAAUAUUAGAUACGCGUGAGAAAAAAAGAAAAAGGAGAAACACGCGUUAG